AUACCCCAGCCACGGACAGGGAGGAGCUGUGAGAGACAAACGCUGGGAGAGGAAAGGAGGGAGAGAGAGACUGCAAGAGGAUAGAGAGAAGAAAAGAGAGGGACAAGUUUCAGGGUUGGAGAGUUUGGCCUCUUUGCCCAGUCGAGCUGCUCAGGAGCCCAGUUCUUAGUGGAGGAGCCUCAGAUCUUUCAGUCAUCAGUGGUCUGUUCACACUGAGUUUUUGAGUGCAGGUACUGAGGAUGGCGGUACGGAUGUUGAUGGUGGGUGUGCUGGGUACUCUACUUUGCCAGGUGUGGAUUUCUGCAGAACCUCAUCACAAUGAGGAAAAACUACAUCCUCAGGCCCUUUACCCAUGGAGAAAUCAAGGCAAGGGAGUGGUCAGGGUGAAGAGGGACUGGAUCAUCCCUCCAAUCAGAGUGCUGGAGAAUAGCAAGCAGGUUCCCGAAGACCUUGUCCAGAUCAAAUCAGACAAAAUCUUUACAGGUGAGGUGAUCUACAAGUUAGAGGGACCGGGGGUGGACCAGGAGCCCAAGAAUCUGUUUGAGAUUGAUGAUAAAACAGGAGUGAUUAGGAGCAAGCGGCCACUGGACAGAGAGAAAUACAACAGCUUCACGCUGAAAGCCUUUGCACUGUCCCCCAGUGGAGAGAGACUAGAGAAUCCUACUACCAUAGAGAUAGUGGUGCUGGAUCAGAAUGACAACAGACCGGUCUUCACCCAGAGCCAGUUUGUUGGCACUGUCUCUGAGUUCUCAGUCCCAGGCACAUCAGUGAUGUCAGUGUUAGCCACUGAUGCAGAUGACCCAAUGACAGAAAACGCUUUUCUGAGCUACUCUAUCAUUGGCCAGGAGAGCAUUCCUGCUAACGCUGUUACCAAGACUAUGUUUGGCAUCAACAACCAGACAGGAGCCAUCUACACAAGAGAUGUAGGCCUGGACCGAGAGGUGGUGAAAAGUUUCCAAUUAAAACUGCAGGUUGCUGAUAUGGGGGGCAUGGGACUAACAAGGGAAGGUGUGGCAAUCAUACAUAUAUCUGAUAUCAACAACCACGCCCCACAGUUCAGCCCUGCCUCUUAUACUAUGAUAGGAGUGGAGAACAGAAAGGACUAUGAGAUUGGCCGGGUAAAUGUGACAGACAGAGAUGAUCGUGGAACAGGAAACUGGGAGGCCAAAUACUUCAUUUCCAACGACCCUGACGGCAACUUUGCCAUCAGUACGGAUCCUGCCACCAACCAGGGCAUUCUGACGGUGGUGAAGCCUUUGGACUAUGAAGCACAGGAUGAGUACAUGCUGAUUCUGAUGGUGGAAAAUCUAAAUCCUCUGAGCAACAAGGCUCCCAACCUCCCAGUGAGCACCGCUACCGUGGUGGUGACUGUUGUGAAUGAGAAUGAAGCUCCACAUUUCAGGGAGGACCCCAUACAGAUUGUGGUCCCAGAGUCUGUGGUUCCUGGGACUUUACUGAAAAGUAAUAUCGCCUUUGACCCUGAUAACUCUGACCUGAGGUAUGAGAUUAGCAGAGAUCCUGAGAGGUGGCUGGACAUCAACAGAGACACAGGAGACAUUACUGCCAAGAGAACCUUUAACAUGCAAUCUCCCAAUGUUAAAAACAAUAUCUACAAUGCUGUUGUCAAGGUUACAGAUACUGGUGGUGUGUCGACCACUGCCACAGUGGCCAUCACACUGAAGGAGACCAAUGACUUCCCCCCUCAGCUCUUCCCUCUGAGUGGCUCUGUGUGUAGGGGUGCAGGCCGGACUAGUUCUGGUCUGAUUGUGACUGCUGUGGAUGAAGACCUUCCUCCGCAUGCUGCACCCUUCACCUUUGAAUUGCCUGAAGAUCUGUCAUUCAACUGGACUGUUAUCCAAGUCAAUGAUACUCAUGUUGUGCUUCAGCCCCUCGUACUGCUGGAGACAGGAGAGUAUGCGGUUACAGUGUUGGUGUCUGACUCUGGCAGCCCAGUUCUGAGUGCUUAUGCUCAGGUCAAUGUCACUGUGUGUCUCUGUGACUCCUUUGGAGAUUGUAAGUCUGAAGCGGGGGCCGUCCUAGGCUCCAGUGUGGGAAUCAGCUUUAUCGCUCUCAUUAUCAUCAUGGCCAGUAUUGCACUCCUACUGUUGCUGCUCCUCCUGGCUGUGGCGGUGACCACCUGUGGGAGACGCCACCAUAUCAAGAAAGGAACGGGUCUGCUUGUUGGGGAAUCAGAAGACGACAUCCGUGACAAUGUCUUCAACUAUGAUGAGCAAGGAGGGGGUGAGGAGGAUGAGAAUGCCUUUAACAUCGACCUGCUGUGGAAUCCCCAUGAUGCACCUUCAACGCCGGGGUCCUUCUACCCAGGGUCUGGUGUUCCUCGAGGCAAGCAGCCCCUCAGGAAGGAUGCACCUCAUAACCUGCCCUCACCUACCUACCCACGGAGGCCUCCUGCGGAUCCCACUGACAUCGAGGACUACAUCAAUGAUGGCCUGGAGGCUGCAGACAAUGAUCCUAACGUGCCUCCAUACGACACAGCCUUGAUCUAUGACUACGAGGGAGAGGGCUCACUGGCAGGCAGCCUCAGCUCUAUUGCUUCAGGCAGCUCUGAUGGAGACCAAGACUACGACUACCUCAACGACUGGGGACCACGCUUUAAGAAACUGGCCAACAUGUAUGAUCCACGUUAAGGUGGACAGCACCUCACAGAAAGAAGACCUGUGCGAUUCACCACCAGUGCAGGACACCGAUCAUGCCUCAGGUGUUUUUAUGGACAAAAAAAGAUUUCAGUCCACUAUAAGAUCUAAAGUGUGCCAAGAAAAAAAUUAAUUCUAUGAAAAAACAAUGGGCCUUUAAACUAAUGUGCCACGGGUUAUAUUUAGGAUCAUUUGGACACAACUGACAAAAUGGCUUGUUGCAAAGUUUUGUGGUUUAGCACAGGAAAAGUAAAUGAGACUGUAAAAUCGUGUGUUGACAUGAUCAGCCACGAGGAAAGGAGCUGUGCAUGCUAACAAGGCAAACAGAAUGUGUUGAAAUGAUGUCUGGUUUUGUUUAUCAUCAGACUUGGAUUGCUCACUAAUGAUGUAUACAGCAAGUCUGAGAUAUUAAAAAAAAUCUUUUAAAUGUGUCUUUUUUAUAUAAGUGAUUAUUUUAUAAGAUAAAUUCGCUUUGAUAUUGAUUUUGUUUUUCUUUUUUGAACACAAAUCCUCCAUUCCAGCAUCUGUUCAUCUUUUUGGAAGUCAUUUAACACAAAAUAUUACUCAACAAAAUACACUGUACCACACAAUAUUCUGUAAUCUAAUUGUUUGGAGGUUAAGACUUUGAAUGAUGUUUUUUUUAAUAUGUUCAUUGAAUUUAGAUUUCACUGGUGUCUACAGAAUAAAUGUAAAUCUUUUA